GGGUGCUUUGCAUUUCUCAUUGUCCAUGAGUCACGUAUAACAGGUUACUCUGGUGGCCGUUAUCCCUCACUUAUCAGAGUAAUUACAUUCAAAAACAUACCCUUAGAGCACAAUUUAUAAAUGAAUGAAGUUUAAAAAGAAAAACACAAUAUAUCAGAGGGAUUACACGAAUAAUUAGUAAGCUAUUGCGCUGCACGGCCACCAGAUGACGCCAUUUCACUGCUUGCGUUUCCAGCCAAAAAAGGCCCGAAGUGCAGUGAAAUGCCGCCAUCUAGUGGCCUGAAAUAUGUAAUGUAGCUCAUUACAUUUAUUAGAAAAGAAGCGACCGUCGAAUAAUCUUGUACUUUAUUGUCAAUUAUUCGUGUAAUCCCUCUGACAUGUUGUGUUUCUCUUCAUUCCUUUAUAAAUUGUGGAGUAUCAUUAAGGAAAACCAGCAAAUGAAAUGUACAACUCUCAUCCGGAUUGGGCCCCAUCACUACACCUGGGCCACACUGAGAUGAAGGCCACAAAGACUGCACGCUACGAGAGACGGAAAACCAGAAAACGGCAAAGGACUGACAGCACACCUGCGAUGGAUGAGACAGUUAUUGAUGACCUUGUUCCACCAGUGGAGACACCAGCACCAGCAGAGGAUGGAGCUGACCAGACACUGUUGAUAGAAUGUGACCUCUGUCAGCGUCGGCGCGCUGAAAUCGACCGGCUGCUGGAAGAGAACUGCGCCCUGAAAUGUGAGCUCGGCCGGAGAAAAAUGGACGAACAUUUCCUGAAGGAUGACAACGUCAAAGUGAAGUACUACACUGGGCUUCCACACCUUGAGGUUGUCAUGGGUGUUCUGGCCUGCGUCGGGCCGCACAUGACACAGAGUAGUAAAGCACUGUCACCUUUUCAGAUGCUUUUUCUGACCCUCAUGCGCCUUAGACUGAACUUACCAAUACAACACAUUGCCCACCUCUUUUGUGUGGACAGAAAAACUGUUUCCAAAACGUUCAGCGACACCAUACAUGUUCUGCAUGCGCGCACCAGCCCUUUGAUUACCUGGCCAGGGAGAGACGUGUGGCGUGCUGCUAUGCCCCACGAGUUUGUGGAGGCCUUCGGGACGCGUGUUGCCCUUAUCCUGGACUGUUUCGAAAUAUUUAUACAGAGGCCGUCAAAUCUUAAAGCUCAAGCUCAGUCAUAUUCCCACUACAAACACAACAGAACUAUGAAGUACCUUGUUGGUAUCACACCGCAGGGCUCAAUUUCUUUCAUUUCCAAGGGAUGGGGGGGACGCGUCAGUGACGAGCACGUAACUGAUAACUGUGGGAUUCUGGACAAACUGUUACCUGGGGAUUUGGUGUUGGCCGACCGCGGCUUUGACACGGAGGACAGUGUGGGGCUUAUGUGUGCCGAGGUAAAGAUCCCUGCUUUCACAAAAGGACGCUGUCAGCUGGAUGCAAGAGACGUGGAGAGCACAAGAAAAAUUGCCCACCUCCGAAUUCAUGUGGAAAGGGUGAUUGGAACCGUCCGCAACAAGUACACCAUUUUGUCAGAUAAAGUACCGAUUCACAUGGUGUUGCCAUGCAAGGAUGAAGACAUGACAUUCCUCGAUAAGAUUGUGUCUGUUUGUUGUGCUCUGACAAACAUGAGCCCUAUGUUAUGCUGAAAUAUAUUUUUAAUUUAAAUAAAUUUUAAGUGCAUUAAAUACA